AUGUUUAAUCACACUGGACAGUCUCAUCACAUCUGGCAGGACUCAAAUGACUCCGUAAACACUCGCAGAAGAAAUAUUCCCGACACCGUUGUGAACGCGGAAGACUUCCCAUUUGUCGAGGACGAUACCGACAAGCAGUCCGAGUUCAUUAUCGAUCUGCGCACCAUACAAGUCCUCCGUUGCCAGUCCCGCUAUCCAGGGGAGGAUCGUGAGGUCCCCCGAAGGUCUUCGUUGCAGAAUGUGCUGGACUGGAUCGCCCAGUGCUUCGUGCGCACUAAUGACGGAGCUCGUUUCGCCGCCGCACUUUCUGUUCGCCCUGGCAUGCUCACCAUACACAUUGCGAGUGAUCGAGCACCUACUGCAGAAGACCAUCUCAUGGGCAAACGGUUCAUAGCGGAAGUCGUUGAGGCCGUCUCUCGGAAGGACAGGCUUGACGACCCCGAUGUCUUCUACGGCAUCAUCAUGCAAUUUGUGCGCAUGUACGCACAAACGGCCUGGGAGCGGCUCGUUCGCAAGAUUGAUCUCAUCCUGGAUGUAAACUCGUGGAACGGGGUAGGAGAACCGGACGAGACCCUGCAGCGGAUCGAUGGCUUGGUUGAUGACUGGGUGGAUCGUUGGACCACAAUGACGUAUGGAGGGGAGUCCUCCACACCAAUCCAGAAAGUCGCAGAUAAAUCUUUUGGCGGGGACACUCACAAGGCGCUGAAGCAUGUUUUCCGAUGCCUGUUCGACCGUGCGCAGCGCAUCCGUACCGAGAACUUUGACACGGACGAGGAACGCAUAAAUUACCUGCGAGAGGUAAUUUUCAGAUGUGAAGUGCUGCACUCGUCGGACUUUCUGAGGGACCUCGACCAGAGUCCGGUAUGGAUGAAGCAGCUCUCCAACUGUCCUCCGGGCAAAAAUCUACUUCUCUGCCUGCGCCGCCGUAUCGCGCGUCUUGAACGCUACUUUGGUGGUGCGACGGAUUUCAUUUUUCGUGGAACGAGGUAUUUCGACUUAAUCUUGCAACCCGGAGUGCCACCGAAACCAGAAGACUUGGAGAAUUGCGCACAGAUCGUAUGGGUUGGAGAAGUAAUACCCCGAGUGCCCGCGAACCCCUAUACAUGGCCAUCCUCGCCGGAAGACUGGUUCAGCGGUGUGUUGCACCGCUCCGGUGUGCGGCUUUCACGAGAACGCAAACGGAGGGCGUUCUCCUGCCUGCGCAUCCACGACGCCUGGCAGUAUGGUGAGAGCAACAGCCCUGUUGUUCCGAAGCUGCACUGCGAGCUGCAGAUGGUCCACUACCUAGAUCAGCAGCGCAUAGCCGUGGUCAAGUACACUAUCGGUGUCAGUAAGGACGUCUGUUGGGCCUGCGAGCUGUACCUCGCGCAGCUCCGAGCGAGGCUUGGUGACGACUUUCCGGGAUGGAAGGUCCCGCAAACAUACGACGCUUACAGGAAGGCCGCGCACGAUUGGAUGGUGCCCGUCGCGCUGCCUGAGGCGCGAACGCUUACUCGUGACGUCGUGGAAAGGACCGUCAACAAUGUGUUCCAGAUCACGAAGAGGGAGAUGCAAGAUUGGGCGAAGCGGGCAUUCAAGGAGUUCCGGCCCAUAUCACCGUUUCCUUUGUUUUGA